UCUCUCUCUUUCUUAAUUUUUUCCACCCUUUGAUCUUCUUCUUCCCUGAAAUUAGGGUUUUUGUAAUGUGGUUGUAAGAUAUGGUAAAUUCCGAAAGAAUCUCCGGGUCAGUUGCAGAUGGGUUCGAGCCUGAACCUGCGUCUCGAUCUUCCUCAUCUGCUGAUCGAUCUCCUUCUGAUCUCAAUCUGCUGACCAAGCUAAUAGAAGCAUUUGAUAAUGUGGGUUUCGGUGAAGUCGCUAAAGAUCAGAGUGGGACGGUGAUGAGUGUCUCUGAGGGUAAUGGAGGUGUUGAUUCGAAAGCCGUAGAUGGAAACCAGGAGGAAGAAGAAGGAGGAAGGGACGCAGAUGGAGACGGUGAUGGUGAGAGCGAGAGUGAGAGUGAGAAUAUGGUUGAGAAGAGAGAAGUUGUAUAUCCAGUGAGGCCAUGGGCAGAGGAUUGCGCGUUCUAUAUGAGAACAGGGAGCUGCAAAUUCGGAUCGAGCUGCAAAUUCAAUCAUCCUCUUCCAAAUCCAAGAAAAAUCCAAAUUGCUAGGGAUAAAGUAACAGAAAAGGAAGAGGAUGCUGAUAAUCUGAGACUGAUGGAUUGCAAGUAUUACUUCAGGACUGGAGGGUGCAAAUAUGGAGAAACUUGUAGAUUCAACCACACAAAACCAAAGUCUUGUCUACCCUCUGUACCGGAGCUUAACUUCCUCGGCCUUCCCAUCAGACCGGGAGAAAUAGAAUGUCCUUACUACAUGCGCAAUGGCUCCUGCAAAUUUGGAGCUGACUGCAAAUUUAACCAUCCUGAUCCUACAACUAAUGGAGGAACCGACUCUCCUUCGUUUCAUGGUAAUAAUGGUGGAUCCAUUGGAUCAUUUUCCCCAAAAUCCACACUCCAAGCAAGUUCAGCUCCCUGGUCUUCACAGAGGCAUGCGAAUGGUACUACUCCUUUUAUUCCGUCCAUGUUGUCACAGAGUCGUGGAGUUCCUUCUCAAACUCCGGAGUGGAAUGGCUAUCAGGCUUCUGUGUACUCAUCAGAAAGGAAUGUGUUUUCUCCUUCCAACACAUACCUUAUGAACAAUUCAUCAGCUGAAACAAGUAUAUUCUCACAGUACCAAUAUCAAAUGCCUGCUGAGGAAUUUCCAGAACGUCCAGACCAACCUGAGUGCAGUUAUUAUCUAAAAACUGGGGACUGUAAGUUCAAAUUCAAAUGCAAAUACCAUCAUCCUAAGAAUCGAUUGCCGAAACAGCCUCCUUACGCUCUCAAUGACAAGGGCUUACCCCUUAGACCUGAUCAAAUCAUCUGCACACAUUACAGUCGGUACGGCAUCUGCAAAUUUGGUCCAGCUUGUAGAUUUGACCAUUCCAUCUAGUGAUAUUUAAUACCGGCGGCCCGGGCCCGUUUUGGCUUUCCCGUUUUGGCCCUGCCCGUUUAAGCCGUUUAUAUAUGUACCCUUUUAACUUCAAGACCACCUGGCUUGGACCAGCCUGUUUAGGCCCGGAUCAUUUUUAGUUUUGAUAUUUUAUAUUUGAGUUUUUGUAACAAUAUUUAUUUUAUAACAUUAAAUCACAU